AUGGAUUCUAAAAUUAUAUUUUCAAGAUAAGUUACAAUAGAAGAUUGGAAACAAGAUAAAUUAUCCUCAUAAAUAGUUCUUAUUCUUGGAGUAGGAGGCAUUGGCUCUGUAGCAGUUACUAACCUACUCAGAUUAGGAGUUAAGAAAAUCUUUAUUGUGGAUUAUGAUCACGUCGAACUUCAUAAUCUAAAUAGAUAAACACUCUUUUCAAAGUAAAAUCAAACAUAUCUAUUAUAGUAAAGAUGUGAAUCAAUAGAAAGUCAAGGCUGCUUUUGAAAAUGCUUCAUUUCAUAACGUAGGCAAGGCUGAGAUUUAAAUGUUUGAUUUAGAUGCUGUAAAAAACUGGGAUAAAAUUGUUGAGCUGGCUUCUUAAUCAACUGCAAUUUUCAACUGUAUUGACUAUGGAGAUUAUUGGGAUGCUGCAGUACAAAGUCUAAGUCUUUAUUACAAAAUUCCAAUGGUCAUAGCAGGAAGUUUUGCUCAAUCUUUCAUGGCAGAAAUAUAUCUUGGAACACCUUGUUAUGCAUGCAUGACAGAUGGUCUUAAGGAAGAGUAUUUGAAUCAAAUCACUCAGGAGAAAAUUACAUAGCUCAAAGACAUUUCUUUCCUACCCUCAAAUAAUAAGCCAUAAGGUUAAUCUCAUCAAGUAUUGUGUUCUACAGCUGGUAACUUUGCGACAUAAUUACUAUUAAAUUAUUUAAACGAAUAGGCUGAUAGCCAAACAAGCAAGUAUACUAUUCCUUUUUUAUAAUUUUAGAAAAGUUUUGUUUUAUUUGACUACCUUUGAAGUAGUUAUUUUUCCUGUAUUUUCAAAGAAUAACUGCCAUCUCUGUAAAUAUUAAGAACCUGCAAAAGAGUAGCAAAUCUAAGCAACAGAACCUGCAAAAGAAUAAUAAAUAUAGGCAACAGAAACAGAAAAAGAGUAAUAGGUGUAGGUACCGGAACUUGAAAAAGAGCAAUAAAUAUAAGCAACAGAAACUGAGAAAGAGUAACAAGAAUAAGCAACAGAAUCUAUUCAAAAAAAAAAUUGA